CCGGCCAGAAAGUGCUUCAUGUGCCGCUGUAUAUUGUUGGGCCGACCGGUGUCUCCACAUCCCGCAAGUGCUUGACGACCUUUGUUUGCUUGCCGACCUUCAACUAUCGAAAUGGCUCUCCGCGCACCUUCUUCGCGGGUAGCGUGCAGCACCUCCUCGGCUGCCAAGGGGUCAUGCGGUCGCUCGCGGCUGGUCGUGGCCUGCCAGGUGACCAAGGAGCAGCGGGCGCCGCUGCCGCAGCAGCUGGCGGCCGGCCUGCUGGCGGUCACCUCGGCGGCAGCGCUGGCACUGACUGUGGCGCCCAUGGACGCGGCCGCCGUGUCGGGUGGUGGCGGCCCGUCGGAGGGGCUGGCGGGCAAGAACCUGACGGGUCAGGACCUGCGCAAGCUCAAGCUGACCAAGGCCAACCUGCGCCAGACUAACCUGACCGGUGCCAACCUGGAGGGCGUGUCGCUGUUCGGCAGCCUCAGUGAGGGCGCGGUGUUCAAGGGCGCCAACCUGCGCAACGCCGACCUGGAGUCGGGCAACUACGAGGACGCGGACUUCAGCGACGCCAUCCUGGAGGGCGCCUUUGUCAAUAACGCCCAGUUCGUGAGGGUGAACAUCAAGGGCAGCGACUGGACGGACGUGGUGCUGCGCAAGGACAUCCAGAAGGCCCUGUGCGCCAUCGCGGACGGCGUCAACCCCACCACCGGGGUGUCCACACGCGAGUCGCUGAUGUGCCCCUAGGAGGCAGGAGGAGGAGGAGGAGGUGGCCGGGGCUGCCAGGCUGGGGUGGGGGUGCUGGCAGGGGCAGGCCCGGGGUGCGGUUGUGAGGCAGCGAGGGACGCUGCAGGUGCUGAUGUGGUUGUGGGCAGGUGGUGGGCGGGUGGUGGUGGCCUGGUUGGGUGGGAAGGGACGUGCGGUACGGGUGCGCGUGGAGACAGCUAGGGGAUGAGGCGCAAUGUGAGGGGGGUGCCAGGUGCUUCUGAAUUUUCAACGGCGGAAGCUCGUGUGCAAUUUUGCUGGUGGAGCUUUACCGGGCAUUGGUGCAAGAUUGGUAGACACAAUGUAAAUUACUCAGAUC